GCAACUCCAAACAGUUGUCCUGCAAAUAAAGCUCACGGAAGCUCCGUGCUUUCAUGCAACUCCAAAUAUUUGUUCCGCACUGUCCAAUGGCCAUGAGGCGCUUGCUGCUGCUGCUCCCUGUGUUCCUAGUUUUGGCCGGACAAAUGGAACAUUCCGGCGAAGCACGGCCACAGGUUCCAGCGCUCAUGGUGUUUGGCGACUCCCUGGUCGACGUAGGUAACAACGACUACAUUCUCACGGUCGCAAAAGCAAACGCCCCUCCCUACGGCCGUGACUUCAAGGACCAUGUCGCCACCGGGAGGUUCAGCAACGGCAAGCUGAUUAGCGACAUCAUAGGUGAAAAGGUUGGGUUUAAUGGCUCCCCUCCUGCAUAUCUCGACCCACAGGCAUCAGGGAAGAACCUUCUGCUAGGAGCAAACUUUGCAUGUGCUGGAGCGGGCUACUAUGAUCCCACGGCAUCUAUAUUUAAUGUAAAUUCUUUGUCGCAACAAUUAGAGAAUUUCAAAGACUACACAUCUAAGCUGGAAGUGGAGGCAGGUAGUAGACAGGCUCAGUCCAUUAUUUCAAACUCGCUCUACAUCAUCAGUGCUGGUUCAGGUGACUUCGCCAACUACUACAUAAACCCAUUGCUUUUCACGACUCGGACAGCCGACCAGUUCUCUGAUCUCCUCAUCGGGAUCUUCAAUAACAUCGUGACGCAACUUUAUGGUAUGGGAGCAAGACGCAUUGGUGUUUUCUCGUUGCCACCGUUGGGCUGCUUUCCCUUGGCGAUCACGGUACUUGGCCUCGGCAGCGACAAGUGUGUGCCGAGGCUCAACAAUGACUCUGAGAGGUACAACAUGAAGUUCAAUGCAGCUGUCGAGUCAUUGUCCAAGCAGCACAGUGAUCUCAAGAUUGUGAUCCUCGACAUCAACAAGCCUCUAUACAGCCUUUCCACCAGUCCGGAGGCACAAGGGUUAAGCGAGGCGAGGAGGGCUUGCUGUGGGACGGGACUAUUGGAGCUAUCUGUGUUCCUCUGCAAUACCAAGUCUAUUGGUACUUGCUCAAACGCUACAACAUACGUGUUUUGGGACUCGGUCCAUCCGUCGGAGGCCACGAACGAAGUGGUUGUUAAUUCAUUCACAAAUGGUAUCAAGCAGCUGGUUACAUAAAUGAUUGGAGGAGCCGGUUCUGCACAGCUCCAGUGUUCUGUUUCCUUGAUAGCGUGAAAAGGUCUUACACUUUGAGACGGAGUGAGUAUUUGUCAUCACACAACAGUAAGAUGGGUGUCUUGAAAUAAAACAAUUGGUGACUGGUUUCCAGUAAAAAGAGCGAUGAUUAGUUAACCUUGAAAGUCUUAUAGCUAUACCCCUAGAGCUAUGUCCAUUUGAACCGCGGGACGGCUCACUAACUUUAUCUCUCAUUUACUUGUAAAUCAUAUGUCUAUCAUUCAGAA